AUGGACCAAACUCUAUUUUUCACUCUUGUUCUCAUUGCUCUCUGCUCCGUAUCUGAAUGUGUUCAGCGUCAGUAUCACUUUAUAAAUGAGAGGAAGACCUGGACUGAAGCUCAGAGAUACUGCAGAGAGAAAUACACAGAUCUGGCCACCGUUGACAACAUGAACGACAUGAACGAGCUGAAGAAGAGUGUUAAUGAUGAAGGUGUUGAAGAUGUCUGGAUCGGGCUGCAGAAGACGGGUCGUGAUGAAUGGCAGUGGUCUUCAGGUGAAGCUGCGCUCUAUCUGAAUUGGGGAGAUAAACAACCAAAUCGUGGUGAAGAAGAAUGUGCUAUGAUGACACAUGGACAAUGGCAUGAUGUGGGAUGUAGUAGGUGCCUAAAUUUCAUCUGCAAUUCAUCCAAUAACAGACUAAUCUUUGUCAAUCAGAUGAAGGAUUGGAGAGACGCUCAGAGUUACUGCAGACAGAAUCACAAUGAUCUGGUCAGUGUGAGAAACCAGAAUGAGAAUCAACAGGUUCAGAAGAUCAUGAAUGAUAGUCACAUAUCUGAAGCUUGGAUUGGUCUGUUCAGAGACUCAUGGCAGUGGUCAGAUCAGAGUGACUCCUCAUUCAGAUACUGGAACACUCGUGAACCUGAUAAUAAUGGAGGUGGUGAAAACUGUGCAGCUGUCAAACUGAAUGCUCAGGGACGAUGGAUUGUCAUCUCUUGCGGCCACCAGUUUCCUUUUGUGUGUCAUGAAGAUAAACUGAUUGUGAUCAGAGAGAAUCUGACGUGGUCUGAAGCUCUGAGAUACUGCAGACAGAAUCAUGUGGAUCUGGUCUCGGUUCAUUCAGAAGAGAUUCAGCGUCGUGUGAGGAACGUGGUUAAACGAGCGUCUACUGCGGCGGUGUGGUUGGGUUUGCGUCACUCCUAUAUUUUGGACGUCUGGUUCUGGGUGAAUGGAGAGACCGUGUGCUAUCAGAACUGGGCUCCAGGGAACGGCGCAUCAGAGGAGGACUGUGAAGACGCAGUGAGAUCUGGAGCAGUUCAGUCUGGAGGAGAUCAGCGCUGGAUCAGCCGUCCUGAACACGACAAACUCAACUUCAUCUGCAGAAAUUAUGGAGAGUGA